CCACCGCUGCCGUCACCGCCGACGCCGCCGCCGACGCAAGGGCUGUCGCCGAACUUAAGGAUUUUGUCAUUGGUACAAAAUAUAGCCAAAUGUGUACAACAUCAUUCGGCAGUACGAAAACCGGGCUGUUUGCCGAUUACAUCAAUCGUCCAGAUGGAUGCAUUUGAAGAAUUAGAUAAAAACGAAUACUUCAAUAUUGUGCAAUAUUCAUGUAACAUUGGUGGUUUCAACGUGAAAGAAGUAAUCACGUUAUGUUUGAAAGAAAGCAUCAUCGAUUCGAUGACUCUUUCUUAUACGUGGUGGGGCCACAAAGGACACAAGCCAUUAUACGAUACACAACUUGUGAUGGCCAUUUUUGAUGCUGUAUGUAAAAAUCCGUACUUCACGAAACCGUCUCGACAAGAGUUUCAAAGAAACGUGAUAGAGGCUCUGCGAGCUGCGAAGAAGAGAGUAAGGAGUAAAAAACAUGGUUCACGUAGGCCAGCCGCACAAGAGAAUAUUGCACGUAAUUUUUGGAAGGACAGGGCAGACCCAGACGAUGCAGACUUAACGGACGAGAAUUAGUUUGGUACAGAUUUUGAGAAGAGGUGGAAUACCUGGAUGGUAGAAGUAGAAGAUAAACUAGAGGCUGUAAAGACCGGAUUGGUUGAAAAGUAAUUUGGAUGAAUGCACAUACAUCGCGCGUUACAUCUUACACAGAAGCACAAUUAUAUAAAGUGUUUAAGAAGCAUGGCUUAAUUUAAGUAAGUUCAAUAGAAGAAAAAUUUGACCCUAAUCAACAUGAAGUACUUUCAACAAGUAAGAUCUAUUUUGUAAGUAAAACAUGCUGUCAUUAAUUAUCAAUAUGCACAACAGUUAUUGAUAUAAAAUAAUUUCAGGAGGUUGGAGGUAAAAAAGCUGAAACAAUUGUAGUUGUAUAAAAAAUAUGAAAAUGAUUGCACGAAAGGAUAAUAAGACCUGCAUUAGUAGGUGUUGGUAAAAGAUAAUUUUUUCCUUUUCAUUAAAUUUCCCUGAACUUUGCGUUACAUCCAACGCCCCAUACCAGCAUCCUUCUGUAUUACCACUACAUCUGCUUCUCUUUCCCCAUGAUUUAUUCUUCUCCCCAGUGCUCCAUCCUAUCAAAUCUGUUGUUUAAAGCCUCUUGUUUAUAGCCUUUUGUUUAUCUUUUACUUGUACCAUCCAGGUAUUCCACCUGUUCUCAAAAUACUUUCUUUAUGCUGCUAUUUCCUCUUGUAAUUUCUUUAUUUCCUUGUUUUAUUUGCUCACCUAUCUCCCUUUUAAUCAGUUCCUCUACCUCCUUUUUCCAUUUCUCCACUAUAUCUGCCCACUAAUCUCCAUUUCCUCAUGUACCGAUCUUUGUCCUUUUUGCCUGUCAUUACCUUCAUCUCUUAAAACACCAUCCUUUUUCCAUUUCCUUUCUCCUCUGUCUCUAUUCUCCUUUGUCCUUCUAUCUUCCCCUUCCCCACUCAAAACAUAAAUUGUCUUUUACAUUUCUUUAAAGUAGAC